ACCUGGCCAGUGUAAGGUAUAUCAGAUAAGAAUUACCACUCUGCGUGAACAACAUGGAAGCGAUGUGGAAGAACGAGAUCCUAGAACUGAAUAAUUUACUUUAGCCUAUCGGUUGAAAUGUCCAUGAGCUCAAUUCUCCUUUUAAAGGUGUCAACACUUUUGUUAUGACAAUGUUAUAAACUAUUUACCAAUAAUUUUACGGGAAAGAAUGGUCAAAUAUCUCUACAUUAUUUCUCUAUGGACCGCAGUGGUCUCAGACGUUACCUCUGUAGCGCGUCCCGAAGGAGUACACUUCAACUCCAUGAACCUGAGGAACAUUGUAAAGUGGCAUCCUGGGAAAGACGCACCAAAUGACACCAACUACACAGUGGAAUAUGCAAUCUAUGGUGACCGCAUGGAUGGUGGAGCGAGACGGGUGCGCUGGAGGGUGAAGAAGAAGUGCAGAGACAUCCCUCAGACCUGGUGUGAUCUAUCCAAUGAGACAACUGACCUGGAUGAAGUCUACUUUGCUAGAGUCAAGGCUUUGGGCAAAAACGGAUCCUCCAAAUGGACACUCACAGAAAAGAGUUUCCAACCCAAAGCUGACACAACCUUUGGACCUCCACUUGUCAAACUUGUGGUGAAGGAGAAUAGUGUUACCGUUAAGCUGAAGGGUCCAAUGAGAUGGAAGACUGGGAAUAUGACAAAAGACUACUCCUUGUUGAAAUUCUACCCUCAGAUGACUUACAACUUGUCUGUGUACGACAACACAAGCAACAAAACGCAACACUUCACUGUGGAAAACAGAUCCUUUGAAUAUAGGCUGCUUGCCUUUGAAACCCAGUAUUGUUUCUCUGCUAAAGCCCAGGUCCUAUCACUUCUUUUUGCUUGUCAUGCAUCUGAAUGGCAGUGCCUAACAACCUCAAAGGAUCCCUUUUAUGGCCAGCUGCUACUGAUGUUGCUGGGAGCCGUUGUCCCAUCAGUCAUCUGCCUCUUCAUGCUGAUCCUGGUCGGAUGCCUUGCCUACCACUUUGUCUGUGGUAAUAAACAGAAAAGCCCCCCUUUCCUGGAAAUAUCGGACAUUCCGAACCCACCGCAGACCUUCCGUCCUGAGCAAGCUGUGACAGUGAACGUGGUACUGGUCAACAUGGCCAAGCCCAUGGAGAUGAUGCCCAUAAAUCCCAACACUAUCCUUGCCCUCAUCCAACAUUCAGAAGGGAAGCCCAUACUACCCUACGCUGCCCAGCAAGCCCCUGGCAGAGAGGAUUGUCAGGAGGGAUCAUGGGAAGAUGACUUCAGGGAGGCCCAACCAGAGCCCCUAGAAUACGGCUUCAUUGGAGCGUCCCCAAAGAUUCCGGAAAUGAGGGAAAGUGAGGCAUCUCGCAGUGAGGAAACCUUGCAGCUGCAUCUCAGCCAGGUCAAUACGCACAUAGCACAGAGAUCUGCGCCAUGUUCACAGGGGCCUGUGGAGAAAGGGCUCUUUGGAAUUCCACUGCUGUCUGGUCUAAAGAUGGGGGAGGAGAGCACGAGUUACAAAGAGCCUGAUCGGGUGGGUCCCUACGCACCGCAGCACUUCUCAGUCAGAGAGACCCCUGAGGUGGACUUUUGGGAAGACAAGGUUGAGGAGCCCCAAAGUUACCCCUCAGAGUACGAGACACAGUCUAACAGGAGGGGUACUCAGCCCCUGCGGCUAUCCCAGGUCAACCUGUACAGAACCCAGAGGCAUACGCUGUUUCCACAGGAGUCUGAGGAAGAGGAUGGAUCUGGCGGUAACUGUGUUGACUGGAGCCCUACAACAGGGAUCCUCCAGAUCCCUCUGCUCUCCAAGCCUAUUCCAGAGGUGGAGGUGGAGAUGAACAGGGAGUUAGAGCAGGUGGAGAUCUUACCCUCUGUGGUGGUGAGGCAGUCAGAGGAGUGUGAGGGUGAGAGUGAUCUGACUGAACUACAGAACAACUGGAGCCUAGUGAUCAACAUGGAAGAAUAACCUAUUGGGCAUUUACACUGGGUUUUGGGGGGACACACUACUAAAGAGUGGUAUAGCUAUUCAUAAUGGCAAUUUGUUUAUGUUUACCGUAUGUGGAAAAAUUGCCAAAUCAAAUGAAGGAAUUUUUAAAAACUCAUCUGAAACACUUAACUGCUUUAGUACUGUGAUUGUAACUAACAUAUUUUUGAGAGUUUAUUUUUUACUUUGUACUUUAUCCAUACUUUUCUACUUACUUAUUACGAUUGAUAUAUUGCCAGAUAGCUUUUUUUGUGUACAGCUUCAUACAACAUUUAAUUGAAUGCACAUGCAAUGUCACUUUACCUCAUGAUGAUUAACAACCAGGAAGGAGUGUGGCUGUAAUGGUCUCUAACCAUGUUGUUUUAUAACACACUAAAGCUUACUGUCCUCCACCUGCAGAGUACAUUAUGUACAAUAUGUACUUCCCUCUGACUAUGAAGACAAAGCUUUUCAGGGAAAUCGUUGGACUGACCUGUCUAUGCAAAUAAAGGAUGCAUUAGUUUUUUCCUCAAAUAUUUUGACACUUCGAUGUCAUACAAUUACCAUUAACCUAUUUGUUCCCACAUUGUUUCUCAGGCACGCCACUAUGCAAUGUUAUACCACUAGUAACCCUAACUUGUAAUCCAGAUUGUUUAAAAAAAAAUGUUUUUAUUGAAAAGUAUCUUUUUUUUAAAAUUUGUUUUAUUCUUGGUCACAAUUGUGACCGAUGGGAACAUACUGUGCUUUGCCUAUAACUGUGCUUUGCCUAUAAUAAAAUAAACAAACAAGGCGCA